AUGCCGCAUCCAGCCGGGCGUUGCCUCUUACAAAGUCUCAAGAGCUCUGAAACUCGGUUUGUGAAGAAAGGAUCAGACCUGCUGCUGGAUGUAGACACAAUUCAAAAAGGAUUUGUUUUUACCUGGAAAUGUAACUCUGAUGUUGUUGUAAUAUUCCCUGGUGGCAGUGAACCCUCAGUCAAGGGGAAAUAUCAAGGCAGAGCAUCUUUUUUCAAACAAAACUAUUCUUUGGUAAUAAGAAAUAUGCAACAUGAAGACAGCGGAAACUAUAUUGCAACAGCAACUGGAUUUAAAGAGAGGAUUGUAGCUGAUUACAGAGUCACAGUCCAAGAUCCAGUGUCUCCAGUUAAUUUAACAAUAAAUUCAUUUGACGCCCAGUACUGUAAUUUCACUGCAACUUGUAAAGUGGUGGAUUCUGAAGUUAGUGGCAACUAUAGAUGUUACAAUCAGACCUGCCAUCCACUGACCAAACCAGAUUUGAAGGACUCUUUGAUGACGGUCUACGUACAGGAGGGCUCUGUUGUAUGUAACCAUAGCAACUAUGUAAGCUGGACAAAUGAUACACAGCCUUUUGUUUCUCUCUGCAAGAACAAACCAGUCUUAAAUGCCGGCACCAUAGCAAGGAUAUCAGUAGCAGCAUCUGUUACAGCGGGUUUACUUUUCUUUGGGCUGUUCAAAUGUUGGAAAAGAAAAAGGAGAGCUAAUACAGUGAAUGAAGUACCUGAGUUUGACCGUGCUGCUACUUCACCAUCGUCUCGGCACGGAAAUAUUCCACGUCAAAAGGAGCAGUCAUCCCCUCCUAUCGCUACGGAAGCCGCGAUGGGUUGA